UCAUGAGUGAAAUACGUAUCCAUUUUCGACAUCUCAUGUUAUAUGAAUUUCGGAAAGGAAAUUCUAUAACAAUUGCCACGAAAAACAUAUGUGCUGUUUACGGAGAAAAUGCGCUUUCAUCUCGCACCUGUAGGAAGUGGUUCCGACGCUUUAGAGCUGGGAAUUUCUGUUUAGAAGACGAGGAACGCUCCGGGCGUCCUCCUCAGACAGACGAAGAUAAAAUUAGGGAUCUUGUUGAAAAAUCACGAAGUUUGACAGUUCAAGAGAUGUCAAAUGUCCUGAAAAUACCUAAGACAACGAUUCAUAGGUGUUUAAAAAAAAUGGGGAUGGUGUCAAAGUUAAACGUUUGGGUGCCCCAUGAACUUACGGAACGGAACCAUCUUGAACGAACGACAGUGUGCAUGUCAUUACUUGCGCGUAAUAAAUAUGAGCCAUUCCUUAAACGUCUGGUAACUGGUGAUGAAAAGUGGAUACUUUUCGAAAACCCUGAACGGAAACGUAGCUGGUCCCAACGAAAUCAGCCACCUCAACGCUGUGCAAAACCGGGGUUAUAUCCACGUAAAGUUCUUUUAUGUGUAUGGUGGGAUUAUAAAGGAAUACUCUAUUUUGAACUUUUAUCUAGUGGUGAUACCAUUAAUGCAGACAAAUAUUGCACUCAGUUAGAAAAAUUAAGGAAAGCACUAGCUGAAAAACGACCAGGUUUAGUGAAUAGGAACAACGUUAUCUUCCAUCACGACAACGCUAGAUCGCAUGUCGUGAAAAGCGUUACAAAAAAAUUGUCUGAAUUUAAUUAGAAAAUUUUACCACAUCCCCCAUAUUCCCCAGACAUUGCCCCAUCUGAUUACCAUCUGUUCAGAGCAUUACAACACUUUUAGUAGGUAAAAAAUUUGAAAAUAUUGACAUUCUCAAAAAUAGCUUAGAAAAUUAUUUUAA